GGAAGCACAAAAAGCGCCGUAAAGCAGCGAGAACUCGCGCAGACAGAAAUGCCGCAAAAAUCCACCGUAAAAUGCAGAUAAAAAUCGCAGAAACGCACGGACGGUGAUCAAUGAUGGCGCUUUAAUCGUUUUAGCGACGGAGCUGCGGGAAUACAGCGAGUUUAUCCUUCGCAUUUAUUGAGUUUGACGGCAGACUGCGACGGAACCGAGCCAGAGCCGCGUUUGUGCGCCGAGAUGCCGAGCAAAAAGAAGAAAUACAACGCCAGAUUCCCUCCGGCCAGGAUUAAGAAGAUCAUGCAGACGGAUGAAGAAAUCGGCAAAGUGGCCGCCGCAGUUCCUGUCAUCAUCUCUCGCGCUCUGGAGCUGUUUCUGGAGUCUCUCCUGACCAAAGCGUGUCACGUCACACAGUCACGCAACGCCAAAACCAUGACCACCUCACACCUGAAGCAGUGCAUCGAGCUGGAGCAGCAGUUUGACUUCCUCAAGGAUCUGGUGGCAGCGGUUCCUGACAUGCAGGGCGAGGGAGAGGAGAACCACACGGAGGGAGAGAAGAUCCCGCGCAGAGGUCGUAAGCCUGGCUCAGGGCGUAAGAACGGCGGAGCUGGAGCCAAAGGCAAAGACAAGAAACUCUCAGGCACCGAAUCGGAGCAAGAGGACGAUUCCGAGGACAGUGAGACGGACGGAGAAGAGGACGAGGACGUGUCUCACACCAGCACAAACACACAGCCUCCAGCUUUCUUCCACAGUGCGGGUGCGGCGCUGGGAUCUCCGCAGGCGUCUCUGAUGUCUCUGUUGCCGUCCGGGGCCGGGUCUGUGCCGCUCGGGGCCGGGGCCGAAGACGAGGAUGAGGAGGACUACGACUCAUAGCUGCACCACUCUCCCGUUGUUCUCUCUCUCUCACACACACACACACACACACACCGCUUAGGUUUUUUAAUCUUAUUUUAUUGAGGCUGUUUUACCGAGUCAGCGUUUUUCUUUUCCUCAUCUUUUUCUUUGGACGAGAGCGUGUGUAUUCAUGCACUUUUCUUUGGUCAUGUUUUAAGAGCGUCUCUGAGGAAGUCCAGGAGAUGUUUUGGUUGGUUUUAGCAGCAGACGCUCCUUGAGUUGUUUAGUAAGGGAACUGCAGAGCGGACAGUUCUGUUCUUUUGCUUUUGUGACCUGUGUUUCUGGUUUUUGUCCUUUUUAAGCUAGUUUUACGUUUAAAGCUCCUCUUCUCCAGCGGUUAAACUGUCCGGCGGCACUUUCAUGCAGUUUUUAAUUCGUUCUGUUCAGGUUGUUGAUGGGAUGCGUCAUUUUGGUUUGAGAGCGUUUUAAUAGUUUGAGACUCUCUCUGUUCAUUUCCUCGGACGAUGCACAUUUGUAUAGAUAAUAAUGAUGAUGAUGAUGAUGAUGAUUUCCCUUUGUUUUAUAUCUUUUAGACUCUUUUAAUGUGUGCUGUGAAGCUGGAGAGAUCUGUUCGCUUUUAACAUUCUCUUUAUUUUGUAUGAGUGAAAUAAACUUUGAGGUUUCAGUA